AUGAAUAACGACCAUCAAGUGGAGUUCCUGGCCACCAGGUCCCGCAAGAGACCUCACACCGAAAUGUCAUUUUCCAACUACCAAAAUAGCUCACAAUGGCCUCACCGGGGUGAAUCUAGUUCCUCUUCAUCCACCUCACGUCAUAACCAUCCUCUUUCCCUCCCGGUGCCACAAUCGAGAUAUCAAGGUCAUGGAUUUGAUUUUCGUCGCCCUAUAAUGUCAUCAACAACACCGUCACGUUCAGAAGAGGUUGUUGACCUGACGAACGAGCCAGAUUCACCUCCUGUUCAACUCCCACGCCGCCAACCCUCACGCAUUCAUUCAUCCGACAGCCGUAGGCCAGCACAUCAUCAUCGGCAGCCGAGAUUUGGGAGAAAUAUCAUGGAAGAUGUUAUUGACUUGGAGGAAGAAGAGGAGGGAGAGGGAGAGGACGGCGGUGAUGAUCAAACCGAGAUAAUCAAUCUUGAUCCACCAAGUAGUCCCGAAGUGCAGUUUGUUCGAGCUACAGCACGUCCAGCAGCACGUCCGUCAAUGUUUCCUGCCCCGAGUCACUUGCUGGAUGUCAUCAACUUCCAUGCCCAACAAGGGUUCCUUUCUACACAAGAGGCCUUUAGGCAGGAAAUCGCUCUUCAAACCCGUCGCAUGGGCCGAUAUCUACCCAAUCGACCGAACAUGGAUGAAAUUUUUCUUUCUGGCGAUACAAAUCGAAAUAUCGACCUGACCAAUGACUUAGACCAUCAAGCUCCUAGAUUUACCAUACAUGAACCUCCACCUCCCACGCCACCCCCGUCUUACAAGCCUCCAAGUCCGCCGCCAGAAGGUUUUAUAAGAACUGUUGGCGAAGACGACGUUGUUGUAUGUCCAAACUGUGAUCGAGAGUUGGGAAUUGGCGAUGGUCCUCGACAACAGAUAUGGGUUGCCAAAGCUUGUGGCCAUGUCUACUGUGGUGAAUGCACAACCAAUCGUUCUAAGAGGAAAAACACAGCUCUCAAAAUGACGAAACCUUUCUCUAAGUGCAAAGUUGCUGGUUGUGAGAAGUUGGUUAGUUCGCCAAAAUCUAUGAUUCAGAUAUAUCUGUGA